CAAACUAAAAGCAUUACAGCUCCACCCAAAGAUCCCAAAAGAUUUUUUCCAACAAAUUCACCAGUGAUUGAUCUACCAUAUGGAAACUUAGAACCAGUUGUAAAUAUUUUACAUAAUGAACAGUUUAUAUUUGUUAUGUAUUAUGCACCAUGGUGUGCCAAAUCUAUGUCUCUCAGAUGGGAAUUUCAGAAGGCUGCCAAAUUUAUGCAAAAUCAGGUAAAAUUUAUUGGUAUCAAUUGUUGGUGGCCACAAGGAUCAUGUAGAAAAAGAUAUAAAUUUAUGAUGUUUCCUGUGCUCUAUGCCUAUUUCUCUAAUUUAGAUGGCUAUAGAUAUCUUGGAUCAUCAUCUGCAGAGUAUAUGGUGAAAUUUUUAGAAGAUUUAAUAUAUCCAUUGUCAUUAGUACAUUCAGUUAAUGAGGUGACAGACCAUGUAGCUGAAAAUGAUAUGGCUGUAUUAGCAUAUUUUGAUUUUAAUUCUUCACCCCAGCCUCCUGGCUAUCUACAAUAUUAUUAUGCUUCUAUGAGGAGUGUUGAACACGGUAAUUCAAAUAUUUAG